UAGUUCAUUCAUAGGGAAAAGUUUGUUUUCUUAAAAUAUCUUCAUACUAGAUACAUACUAGAAGGAAUAAGAUGAAUAGAGGGAGCGAAAGAGGGGGAGAGAGAGCAAUUAGUUUAGGGUUGCACUGGCGCCAACAUCACUGAAUAAAAAGAUCAUAUUUAAAGCCUUUGCCCAGAAGCGAAUCAUUGAUUUUAUACAAGGUGAAAUUUACAACUUGAAUGUUCAGGGCAACUUUUAUAUUGCUUCAGAUAUGUAUCGAUGAUCAUUCACGUUCUAGAAUAGUGUAAAUCUAAGCAUCACAUUUUUAACAGGAUGUGCUGAAGAAGCCUAGAAAAAGACGAAAUAUGUAUGGUAUUGCGUCAUGCGUUAUAUCAUGACCCUUUUCCAUGUGUUAUGUGGACAUAUGAUAUAUGGAAUCUUGUUCCAUACAAUAACUCAUGUUUUUCCACAAUCCAAUGUAUCUUUAUAUCAUGAUAUAUUGAGUUAAUGAAGUUUGAAGGCCUCAGAAAGUGGAGAUGUACAGCCAGUUGAAAAUUCUCGAUACAUUAAAAAACAAAAGAUAUCCCUUCUAUGAUAUUUUCUAUUUGUUAUUUAUCUCUUUGGUAUACUCAGCUUGGGGUUCGCUGGAAGUGUUGGCUUAUAUGUUGGUAAGGAAUCGUAUUCUACACAGCAUGCAAUAUUCUUCACAAAUUGGUGAUAUUUAUAUAUUUACUAUUUUAAAACUCAAGUAAUAAUAAAAGAUUGAUUUAACCUUUUAGCAUGUGAGGAAAAAUAAUUCUAUCUUGCCUUUUCUUAUAUUCACAAAUCCUUCAGAAAGAGGUUUGCAGGACAUCUGAACCUUUUUUUAAAACUAGCACUAUGCGUCUUGCAAGAUUUUUACGUACCAAAUGGAGACCAUCGUUUGUAGACCACUUGCCUGAUCCCAUCUCUACGCCUCUCAUGAAGCCCGUUGAGGAAACACGAAAACAUCAUAUUCCAUUGUCCUUAAGGGCUCGUGAUGUGCUUGCAAACCAGUCUAAUGAUUACCAAUACCAUGUGGUAACACAAGAUUGGUUCGGUCAGCGUGUGGAUGACUUUGUUAUGCAGCAUCAUAACGAAUGGAGUUAUGAAACUGUCAAGCGUCUUGUAGAAAGUGGACAUAUUUAUCGAUAUCGGAAGAAUGGGAAAAAGCGCUUCACACGCCUCACGGAUCGUCUUGAAUUUGACGAGCUUGUAGUUGUUCCAACGCAUGCCUUUUGGCAGCGGGGGUUGGCUCCACCCAGCGGUGUAGAGAUGGACACUUCAAAGUCACAGGUGAAGUCCCGCUUUCGAUUAUCAUCUCACGCUAAGGAAAAAGCUCUUGAAAUGGUUUUGUUUAAGAACGAGCAUGUGAUUGUAAUUAACAAACCUAGUGGGGUGCCGAUGAUGCCUACAACUAAUCCGUUAGACAUGAACAUCGCAGACCUUCUUCCAGCAUGGAAGUACACUAAUACGGUAAAUCCGAUUGUAUGUCAUAACCUGGAUGCUGAAACGAGUGGAUGUGUAGUGCUUGCCAGAACCAAAAAUGCUCAUCGUAUGCUAGGUCGUAUGUUUGUUAAACGGGUUGUGCCCACUAGUGUCUAUUGGGGAUUGUGCUCUGGCAAGCCUGUCGUUAAUUACGGACGCAUUCGUAUGCAUUUUGAAGUGCAUAAGGGUGAUCGAGGUAAUAUCAUUGUGGCUCGACCUUCUCCGACUAAGGACACAAAGGUGGGGAUCGCUGAGUUUGUAGUGAACGCGAGCGCGCUGGAGUUUGCUAGUUUUAUAUCCUUUUAUCCCCUCACGAGUCGUAGACACCAAGAGCGGAUAAUGGCUGCUCAUGCUCUGCGAUGCCCAUUGUUGGGGGAUGCUAAAUACGGAGGAGAAAACUCUUUUCCACAGUUUCUCUCACUUUUUGGGGAUUCCAAAGGCAAAGAAAUUUCAUUGCAUCUACAUCACAGAAAAAUACAACUUCCAUACAAAAAUGGAUCGGGAGAAUUCAUUUGUGUAACAGCACCACUUCCUCCACAUAUGGAAAAAAUGUUUUCAAGGCUGGGUUGGCCUGCUAAUGCUGAUGAUCCACUUAUUCCUGGGUAG